AACACUGGCUUGUAACACACCAGUAUCUGAAGUGUCAAAAUAAAGACAAUUUUAAAAAAGUAGAAAGUUUAAUUCUCCAAUUGCAACAAGAAGCCAGUAAAGACAAACCCCAGUCAAGAAGUGAUGAAGAGAGUGUUGCAAUAGCGUAUGAAAUUCAACGACCUUUUACAGCUAAUGAUAUAAUGACAGUUUGGCUAGGAAAGUCUCUUAAAGAGUGUCUCCCAACACCAGCUAUUCAAUUAAUGGAGAUAGCACCAACAGUUCGUGUGUGCCUUCAACAUAACAAGAAUCCUUCUCUCUGCUUCUCUGAUGUACAGCUACAAAAAGCAUCACGUGAUACAGCAUACCACUCAAUAGAACAGUAUGUAGAGCUUUGGAGUAAAGUGUUAAUUGCUGAGUCUGCUAAUGAAAGUGUCAAAACAAAGAAUCUCAUAUUCAUCAGACUCGCUCCUUUAAAAUGGAACAAAUUUACUCGAGUUGAUAAUUGUGUUGAUGAUCCUUACUAUUUGCCAAAUGAAGUUUCCCUUGUCAUACCUCCCAGGAAUCAAGACUCAUUGGAUUUCAUUAGUAUCAAAUCUGGUGACUUUCUAUGUGUUCGAUAUGAGAUUAGUGAUAGUCUCAAUGCUGUCUAUCACUUUGUUGUAACCAAAGUGAAGCGAAAUGAAAAUAACAAAACUAAGAAAAAGGAUGAAGACGUUAUAAUAAGAAUGUGUGCUGAAGGUGAUCACUCAUGUAGAGUCACAGAGAAUAUGUAUCAAGAAUUGAAAAAAGGAAACCAAAAUUGUGAGAUACAAAUAAUACCAAUGCCAGAUUCUUUUCACCGAGUAUAUGGAAGAUUAAAGGAAGCAUUGAGAGUUGAUGACAACUGGUCUAGCCUUUCCAAAACUAUUGCAAUUUCCGACACAAGAUCAAUAGAUUUUAAUAAAUUCACUGUUGUGAAAAAGCAAUCUAAGAUCUCACUAAAAGUAUUCAAUGAUAAUCCACUAGCAAAGCAACUAUGGAAAGGAGAGGGUGGCAUUGAAUUAAAUCCUAUACAGCAAGAUUCAAUUAAGAGAGCACUGACAAACAGUUUUCAGUUGAUCCAAGGACCUCCAGGUACAGGAAAGAGUGAGACUGGGGCACAUUUAGCUUACAUUUUUUCAUUAACUAAUAAAGAAAUAUUUGAAGAAGAUCCAACAUCUUCCUUUAAGUCAGUACUGUAUUGUGGUCCCUCUAACAAAUCAGUAGAUGUGGUUCAUAAAAACCUGCAUUUAUUGAAUGAGAAAUUGGGAAGCAAAAGAUUAAAAAUUCUUCGUAUCUAUGGACGUACUCAUGAGCGUAUAGACUACUCAGAUCCUGUUUUUGAUCUGACACAAAAAAGAGCAGAAAAAGAUGAUAAUGAUGGUGGUCUUGUCUUGGAAGAAUUUCGUAAUGAAUCUCUACACAAAAUAAUAAGGCAAAAUUUCCCUGAAAUAAGAACUACUGAAACAAAACUACAAAAACUUCUAAGUCAAAGUAUCAUUCCAUCAUCAACUGAAAGAAAGAAUUAUAAAGAUAUGAUAACUUCUUCAGAGAAAAGUGAAAUUCAGAAUAAUUAUGAUGUUAUUCUUUGCACUUGUAAUGAAACAUGCAGUCGGCGAUUGUUGAAUUCCAAAGACAUACUAGCUCAGUGUAUAAUAGAUGAAUCUGGUAUGGCCACUGAGCCUGAGACAAUAGCUGCAAGCAGUUUAUGUGAACAUGUAGUGCUGAUAGGAGAUCACAAGCAGCUACAACCAGUCAUAAAAUAUCCUCCAGCCAAAGAGUGUGGCCUGGGUACUUCAUUGUUUGAAAGAUAUGCCAACCAGUUUGAGAGAUAUGCUGAAAGUGAAGAUUCUUACUUGAUAACAUUGGAGCUACAAUAUAGAAUGCAUUCAUUCAUAUGCCAAGGACCAUCGGGUAUUUUCUAUAACAGUAAAUUAAAGGCUGAUCAAAUUGUCAAAGAAAGACGUCCGCUUACUCAAUCCAUAGAUUUGUUUUGGCCUAGAGGACAGCAAUACCCUGUUUUGUUUCUGAAAGUUUAUGGAGUAGAAAAAUUUACUGAUAGCAAGCAUUCAAAAGAAAUAGAUUCUCAUUCUAAAUGCAAUGAGCAGGAAGCUAAAGCAGUGUUAAAAUGUAUUAAGAAGUUGGUGAUGAAUCAUAAUGUUAAGCAUGAGAGCAUAGCUGUCCUCACUCCUUAUGGGGCACAAAAAAAUCUUAUUACUGACAUGAUAAAAGAUGACCUUGAGCUAAAACCAUACUGGAAAAGUUUAAGAGUUGCUACUAUUGUUGAGAGCCAAGGCGAUGAGUAUGACAUUGUUAUACUAACAACUGUCAGAUCACAGAAAGUCAGUGAAAUUAGGUAUAAAGAGUACAUUCAACCUGACAGAAGAUGGCUAACAGAAAAUCUUGGUUUUCUGACUGAUGAUCAUCAGAUCAAUGUUGGUAUCACUCGUGCUAGAUAUGGGCUUAUACUCAUUGGUAAUGAUAAAUUACUGAGGUAUGACAAGACAUGGAAUAGACUGAUUAAAUUUUAUGAAGAUGAAGGAUGUACUCGUAUGAUAGACUUUUAAGUUAUAAAUAUAGUGAUAUAACAUAAUUAUCUAUAUAGUAUAGUAAGUUAUUUAGCAAUUUUUUCUUUAUUAAGGUGGCUGGUAUUCAUCAUGCAUUCUAUGUACAUUUUUGUGACAAUUUUUU